AUGGCGUCGUCGGCUGCCACCCCCGACACUCCGAUUACGCUGAAGGUCAGCUACGAUGGCGUAACCCGCCGCUUCAAGCUGCCUCUGCGUGAGCUGGGUGCCAUCACACUGGAGACCAAGCUCCGAGGUUUCCUACACAUCCCCGCCGGGACCAAGACCAUCAUCGAGCGCUACUCCGACUCCGCCGCUUCAUACGUCAUGUUGGAACCCGGCAACCUGUCGGUCUACAAGCAACUAUUCCGAGCCGCCAAGGCUAAGCAGAAGCUCAAGCUGCGUGUCUCUACCCCCGUCCCGACCGAGACCGAGCCCGAGGAGGACAAAGGCCCCAAGCCUGUCACUGUCGAGGACGAGCCUGAAUCCUCUCAGGAGAAAUUCACUGAAGCCUCAACCCCCGAGGAGGCAUCGCAGAUCUCCGAACCCUCGACUUCCACACCUGCACCUGCCGAGUCGUCUGAGACGAUCGUUGCACCCCAGACCCCCGACGAGUUCCCCGAGUUCAUCAAGCAGUGGCGUGCCAAAGGCAUGCCCAGGAUCCACCUUCGCCGUGACACCAACGGCGUCGAGGUUAUUGACUUCCUGGGCCAGGGAUCUCCGGCUGAGCCGCUUGUGACUGUGGACCCUGUCGCCGAGCAAUCCUCCUCGUUGGACAAGUCCUUACCCAUGGACCGACCUCGCUACCGAUUCUCACAAACCGCUUCCACCCUUUCCUUUGCUGACCUCCUUCGCGAGGCACGUGGAACUGAGCGCCAAACUCAGGCACGAACACCGGUUCAAGUUGCACCAGCAGCAACUGUAACUCCUCACGAGGCCAAGGCACCACAGUGCCCGGCAUUUUCCAGUCGCUUCAGGCGGCCCUUCACUGUUUGCUGCAACAGCUGUGACAAGGCGGUUCCCGAUGCCCACUUCCACUGCUCCACCUGCGAUGACGGCGACUUUGACCUGUGCCAGGACUGUGUGAACCAAGGUAUCUCAUGCUACAACGAUCAGCACUGGCUUAUCAAGAGAACUAUCCAGGAUGGUCAGAUCAACUACAGCACGACUCACAUCGCGCCCAAGACCAGCCGUUCUUCGAGUGAGAAGAAGCCCAUCGAGACUGUGAAGAGCACGCCUGCGCUGGCCGAAGUCAGCCUGCCGAUUAGGUCUGCGGAGAGGGUCGCGGCUGCCGUUCACGCAUGGAGCCCCGUGUUCAUGGCACGGACGUGCAACUGCUGCGUCCAAGAGUUCCCCGAGAAGGAGUUCUUGCAUUGCGAUGUUUGUGAGGAUUUCGACCUGUGCAAGACUUGCUUUUCCAAGGACCAGCACGGCCACCACCCCAAGCACAGCUUUGCCCCUGCUGUGGCGGGCACCGUAUUUGACAGCUCCAUCACGGCGCGUCUAACCCCUGGCCGCAACGCUACCCACAACGCCAUCUGCGAUGGUUGUGACAACUACAUUAGAGGCGUCCGCCACAAGUGUCUGGACUGCCCCGACUGGGACUACUGCUCCGAUUGUGUUCAGAACGCGGGCUUCAUCCACGCGAACCACCGAUUUGCCCCGAUCUACGAGCCUCUUUCAGAUCCCGUCCAUAGGUCAGUAUCGUCUCGAUCGAUCCACACGGGUAUCUGCUGCGAUGGUCCUCUCUGCACAAGUACGCAGUCCGGAUCGAGGUACAUCGUUGGUGUUCGUUACAAGUGUGCCGUCUGUCACGACCUGGAUUUCUGUGCUGGCUGCGAGGCUAGCCCCGCCAACACUCACAACAAGACUCACCCCUUGAUCAAGUUCAAGACACCGGUCCGCCACGUGAGUGUGAGUACGACUGGAGAGCACGAGAACGGACAACGUCUACCCACCAUGGGAGACCGCAACUUCGGUGGAUACCCCUCACUCCCUCAACGUACUAGCACUCGUUCCACAGAGACAGUUCCCUCUCCCAAUGAGAACAUCGCUGUGAACCCCGUCCAGACUGUGGUUGAUGUCAAGCCUGUUGAGGUUCAGCCCGCGAUGGAGCCGACGCAGCAAGAGCUUUCUGAGAAGGAGGUCAUGGAGCCUGAGCUGGCCACUCCGACCCAAGAGAAGGAGCAAGCUGCGGAGCCCGAUCUUGUCGCCAUGUUCAAGCAUGACACCGUGGAGGAUGGCACUGUCAUGCCUCCUAACCACACUUUCGAGCAGACCUGGGUCCUCCGCAAUGAGGGUAAGGUUGCAUGGCCCGCUGGGUGCUCUGUGAAGUUUGUAGGUGGCGACUACAUGGGUGCCGUUGACCCCACGCGUCCUACUGGUGUUCGCGAGCUCAUCUCCGCCUCCGAGUCGACCAUCUGCUACAACCAGCUCCAACCCGGUCAGGAAUUCCCUUUCACUGUCUUGAUGCGAACCCCCGAGCGUGAAGGCAAGGUGAUCUCGUAUUGGCGUCUUACCACCCGCGACGGCGUCAAGUUUGGCCACAAGCUGUGGUGUGACGUCGCCGUAGAAGCCCCGCAGCAGGUCAAGGACGAAUUCAACCAGGAAGAGUCACUACUGGAUUCCGAGGUCCCCGCAAUGGGCAAGAGCCACAUGAUCAUCCCCAAGCUCGACCACGAGUCGCCAGCUUCCAGCAUCCUUGUUCCCAAGUCCGAGAGCGAGCUCGAGGUCGCUACCGAGACUGAUACUUUGGCUCCUUCGGUCCAGGAGAAUGCCAAUGACUUCGAGGACUGCGCUGAGGAUGAGGACUGGGCCGAAGAAUCCGACGAUGGCUUCAUGACUGACGAAGAGUACGAUAUCCUUGAUGCAUCUGAUGAGGAAUACGUCUUUGAGGACAAGAAAUAG